UAGAGCUCAGUAGUAUAACUCAAUUCCUCAUUGCAGUAGCUGAGUUUACUGAAUAAGAGGUCGCCCUGCACGCUGCACAAAUCGACAAGAGCAAAACUUCCCUCCAAUGAGUAUUCAAUAGGUGUCCUCGACCUUCUCAAGCGUACCGUUAGGACGUUUAGGAGAAUCUUGGUCAAUGGUAGCAUGGGUUUACAGCAUUUUAUCGGCAUCACUGUUUCAUCAAAGUAUUCUGGCUCGGUUGCACUAUCAUACGGCGCGCAUUUGAACAUGUGGUUCACGAUCCACCGCCAUGGCACAGAAGAAAUACCUCCCCUGACUUGAUCGCUGGGAAGAAAGUCGGUAGUUUGGCCAUAAGAAAGCCUGGGAGCAGACAAGUUGACUGGCUCGCAGCGUGUAGAGAUGACUUACAGCAAAUUAGGAGUGACCUAGUCAGCAUGAGCUGGAGGACAGAUAAAAUAAACGGUGGUUGGAGGCAGAAUGGGAACAGAUUCCGGAUUACCGAUGGGCCAACGGCAUCAACACCAGUCGUUUAUACCCCUGAGAGAGGGUCCAAGGGCAUCAUUGCUUUUAUCAUCGAGAAACGUUCAAAGGUUUCUCCACACGCUAAACACUUGAUAAAAUCGGCAUGAGACGCAGUAAUAACUGAUGAAUAUUAGUACGUACGCAAAGAUUCAUGCAAGCCGCGCGUAUGUCUAUGUUGUAUGACCA